AUGGCGGCCCCCGCGGACAACAUGAAAAUGCUCCAGUUUUUAAAAUUAAUCGGGCAGCUUAAAAGGGUCCCACGGACAGGCUGGGUUUACAGGAAGGUGAAGAACCCAGAGAGUGUGUCAGACCACAUGUACCGCAUGGCCAUGAUGUCUUUGACCAUCACAGACCCCACAUUGGAUAAGGACAAAUGUAUCAAGUUGGCCCUUGUUCAUGACAUGGCCGAGUGCAUUGUAGGCGAUAUCGCGCCAUCAGACAAUGUCAGCAAAGCUGAGAAACACCGGCGAGAAGAGGCAGCCAUGAAGCAGUUGUCAGGCCUCACACCAGAUAAGCUAGGACAGGAGAUUUUUGCACUAUGGGAGGAAUACGAGCAUCAAAGCAGUGCAGAGGCCAGGUUGGUGAAAGAGUUUGACCGUCUGGAGAUGAUCCUGCAGGCUCAUGAGUAUGAAGAACUGGAAGGAACGCCUGGGAGACUGCAGGAGUUUUUUGACUCCACUCAAGGUUGUUUCCAGCAUCCAGAUGUGCUCCAGCUAGUCAGUGCUUUGAAUGAAGCAAGGAAAAGUCACAUGACAGAAAAAAACGACUCACAAUCCACUUGA